UUUGCUGCGAUACGCGCCCGAGGGGUGCUUUGCUGCUCACACCCUCUCGGUGGAAAUGGGGCUCCGGUUCCCGCUCCAUCCUUUCCUCUUGGAGUACCUGAGAUUUGUGGGGUUGGCCCCUUGCCAGCUAACGCCCAACAGCCACUCCUAUGUGGCCGGAUUCCUUUCCUUGUGUCAGAGCCGGGGGGUCGAGCCCACACUCGACCAAUUCUUCAUGUCCUUCAACCUGUGUCGGGGGGGACAUUCAAAUGCUGAGGGCUUUGCCAACCUUCAGCAGGUACUGGAGUUCCAGCUUUUCGAUGAUGUGCCCUCGUCUCACAAGGGGUGGAAGGAGAGGUUCUGUUAUAUCCGCCUCGAGGAGAAUCCCUUCCCGGGCCAACUCCGUAAUAGCUUCCGGCGCCACCCGAAGGUGGGGAGCGCAGCUUUGGAGAAGAACGGCAAAGUGCUUGCCAAGAAGCCGGAGGGGUCUGACAAGCAUGUCAAGAUCAGAGAAGUCACCCUUCCGGAGGAUCUGCUUAACCUAGGCUUCCGGCAGUUCAGGCCGAGGGGCUCCUCGGAUGAGAGAUACCCUCCCCUCGAUCGGGUCUUCGAAGGCGCCGGAGGUGAUCACCGAAAUGUUCACUGAUGCGUUGAUAGUUCUUUCGCAUUCCGCCUGUUUUUUUUUAUGACGUAGUGACUGGUAGCCUUCGAUUUAACCCUUCUGUUUUUUUUUUGUUGCUUGCAGGUAGCAAUAUGGACGUUGGUUCCCUCUUCGCUUUAAAAAACGCGAAAGGAAAGAAGAAGGCCCCGGCGGGCGCUCCUUCUAGGGAGGGGCCCUCUCAAACUGUUGGCGCUGCUGCUGGCGCCGGAGGGUCAAAGGGUUCCGGGCCCGUAAAAAAGAAGGUUGCUGGAAAGGGGACCGAGCCCCCGGCCAAGAAGCCGAAGACCGCCGCCCCUACCAAACAACCGAUCACCGAUGUGGUGGUGAUUGUUGACGAAGGGCACGCUUCUGCCUCCACCCCCCAGGAACAAAUCAAUCAGGAGUUCUUUGGGCGGGAGAGGUUGGAGGCGAUAGUGCCGAAGGGGGCCUCCGUGUUGGAGGGCAGUUUGAACCCUUCGGCUUUGAUGAGCCAGAUGCUGCCGUCGGCCGACCGGCUGGCCCUUGCCCGGCUAGACGAGGGACCCCUCGAGGCGAAGGUCCUCCUGAAUGCCGCCUCCGCUUUCAUGGGCCUCUGUGAGCACCUCCGAAGGGUGGAUCAAAUGAGGGAGGCCAAGGGUGCCGUCGAGGGGGAGGCUGCCCUCCUCAGGAAGAAACUCGCUGAAGCCGAGGACUCUCUACGGCUGGCCACCGACGGCAUGGAGCAGAGGUUGCAGGCAGCAAGGGCCGAAGGGGUCAAUGAGGGGCUAGCCAGGGCCGGGGAGGCCGCCGCCGAGGCCGCCCGUAUCGCUGCCGAUGAAGCCCGCGCGGCUCAAGAAGAGGCCGUCUCCAAGGCCCGAGAGAAUGCGGUGGCCAGCUUCGUGGCCGAGGGGUGGAAGGCCGAAGACCGGAGGGAGUGGCUGGCUUCGGUGGUGGGGGCUUCAGUAGAUGAGUGGGUCGGGGGCCCCGGGAAGAUGUGGCUUGCUGAGAGGGGCGACUCGUACUACCAAGGCGGGGAGUUCUUCACCCAACGCCUCAUCUACCGGAAGCUUGCGAAGCACUUCCAGGUGGCACCGGAGGAGUUCCGUCCCGAGGCUUAUGGCCUCCCCCCCCCCAGCCAGAUGUCAGGAUCCCGCUCCCCGAGGGGGAAGAGAGACCGGUUCUUGAAGACUCGGAGACCCUCCGGGAGUGCGGCCUUGGUGGUGAAGAGGAUGAAGCCGAGAGUGAGGCGAUAUCUACAGUUCCCCCCUCUUAAAUUGUACUUCCCCCUUUUGGUGUUGUAAUUUGUUGGCCUCGGCCCCCUUUGUAAAGCACAAUCAAACUACUUUUUUCUUUGUUGAAUGAAUGAGUACACACGCCCUCGGGCCCCUGUUAUACAAUCUGUUUCCUUUAGAUUUGUUUAUUGCCGAAUGCAUGCCUUCGUCUUGAUUUGGAUGUAUGUCUUGAUAUUUGGAAUGUAUGUUUCCGGACUUAGAAUGUUUUCUGAUUGUAGCUUGCCACUG